AUGAUGAAACGCCGAGGUAUUUUUUCUGUAACAAAUGCUGAUAGCGCCUGUACUACAGAAAAGCGUGCCAAAAGGAAUGAGUUGACGGAUCGACUUUAUUUCAAUAAAGUAGCGUCUAUCCCUGAACACUACAAUGAAGAUACUUUCUCAUUUGCAGAGAUUCUGGCGAAAAUCAAGCCUGAGAUAUCUGCAUGUUUUGUGUUUAUGGUAGACAUGAAAUGGUUGCUUCAGUUUAUCCGUCUCUUUGUUUUACUGUGUUUCAUUUACAGGCAGUAUCCACCAAACAAUCGCAGAACACCUAUUACAUUGAUUGUGGGAGAACGAUUAGGAACUGACUUCACAAUGCUGAAUAAUAUAGUAAAAAAAUUUGCUCUCGAAAACAUAUCUAUUGGACAAGCUCGUUUACCAGUGCCGUAUGGGACGCAUCACUCUAAGAUUUACAUUUUUGAGAGUAGUAGUGGACGAGUUCACAUUAUUGUUAGUUCUGCAAACCUUCUCGCUCAAGAUUGGGAUAUGAAGACCCAGUGUUUUUAUCAUUGCAGUGGAAAACAAAUAUCUGGUAAUGAGGUGGUUACUCAGUCAGAUUUUCAAAUUAAUUUGCUCAAAUAUUUGAGUGAGUAUAAGACAAGCCAACAUUGGGAUCUUAUAGAAUAUUGGUACUAUCGCAUUGCUAAUAUUGACCUUUCUCACGUCAGUCCCCGAGUUGUUUACUCUGUACCAGGAGUUCAUAAAGGUGACAAGUUAACAGAAUAUGGCCAUCCAAGACUUCGCAAUUUAAUAAAUGAGAUGUUUGAAAAUGUGGAUCGGAAAGAUUUCACUUACCAUGCUCAGUUCAGCUCGAUUGGUAAUCUUGGUUCAGAUCCAAGUAACUGGCUUCAAGGACAAUUUCUAAAAAGUCUUGCAGGAGGGACCGAAACAGAUAUUCGCAAACUGAAGAUUAUCUACCCAUGCGUUGAAGAUAUACGUAACUCUAAUGAAGGAUAUGCAGCCGGUAGAUCAUUUCCAUAUAGCUAUACUACAUUGCAGAAACAACCAUAUUUAUAUCAAUUUGUUCAUAAGUGGCGCAGUGAUUGUUUGGGACGUACUCAUGCCAUGCCACAUGUAAAAACGUAUUCGGGAUAUCAGCCCGGUGCUCAAACACCGUCAUGGUUAUUAGUUGGCAGUGCCAACCUUUCAAAGGCUGCUUGGGGUGAAUAUCAGUUAAAAGGAACACAGUUGGCCAUUCGGUCAUAUGAAUUCAAUUUAUUGUUUACGGAUCCUGAAUCGUUAAAAAUGGUGCCGUAUGAUUUUCCACUGACAAAAUACGGCGACGAUGAUAUGAUGUGGGUCAUUGAUAAGGUUUAUGAAAAGCUGGAUGUAUUUCAAAAUACCUGGCCUGCAUCGAUGCCAGAAAGAUGCUUGCUUAAUUUUGGGGAUACAGCUAUAUAUGAUACGGAUUUGAAAACUCUAGAGAAUGGACGGUGGCUUUCUGAUUCAGUUAUAUCUUUUGCCUUUGAGUAUAUGCACAAAAGGAUGUUAACUGUGGAAAAGCAAGAUAAGGUUCACUUCAUUAAUGCUGCCAUUUCUCAAAUUAUAAAAUUCAGCAGUGAAGAAGUACGGGUUCAGCUUUUUCGUGAUAUUCAACUUAAAAAUAAGGAGCAUGUUAUUGUUGUCGUGAGCGAUCAUGAUGAUCCGUCUAUAUGUGGUGGUAGCCACUGGUCACUACUCAUUUGUCGCCGAAUUGUUCGCCCACAUUUUUUGAUUAUUGACAGUGCGCAAUAUGAAAAUUCAGGAAAUCAGAAAGCUGCUGAUCAAAUUAUUGAAACUUUGGGCAAGUUCUUCAAAAUACCAAUUGAAGAUACACGGACUGAACCCGCCGCGCAGCAGUAUAACACCAUGGAUUGUGGAAUGUUUGUUAUUGAGUUCACUCGUAUCUAUAUUCAGGCUUUAAACGAGAAUGACCCCGAUGUCGAUUUUACAAAUUUGAGUCCUGAAGCAGUCGGAAACCAGCGCAAGGUAUGGAGUUCUCUUAUACGAAGAAUGGUCAAGGAAGGUUAA